GUCAGUUGUCCUGCAGAACAAACUGAUGCUCGUUGUGCAAAGAUCAACAUCGCAGAUCCGAUCAUUACACUUCUCCUUGGUAGAGUAGUAUCUUCAAGAAAACUUGGUGAUCACCAUGCGUGGCUCACCAGACGUUCACCAGGUCAACUCUACGGACGCGCUAAAGGCAUCUGGGUCACGUCUUUCUCGAGAGCUUGACAUCAGUGAAUGCGACUCGCCGCCAUCUGCCCGUGCCCACGCGCAGCGAAAGCGCUUCCUCAAGCGGCGUUCUCCCAAGGCUUCAGGCGCGGGAUGCAAAUCUGUUACAGAUCUGUUUCCGUCGCUAACGGCAGACGAGAGUGAUGGCUCACCGUCAAUGCUUCGGAGAGCUUCCCACUCGGAAGCCGAACAGUUGCCAUGCUUUAUGACAAUAACUUUAGAAGGAACUGUGGACGUGAAGACGAGCACGUUUGUGCCGUCGAAGUUCGUCGGCCAUUGCACUGUUGAUGGGGACGGCACACCACUCCCGUCGUGUCAGCUUCCGCUGGACUGGACCAGUCGCUUUUGGCGCAAGGCGGCUGAAUCGAACGAGACUGAGCUUGCUGCUGAUAGCUCUAACCACGGGACGACAUCUUCACGGGAAAUGGAGAAUACGCCGGAGUUGCCACGCAGACUCGUGCGCCAGAAGUCGGCCAGCUUCAGCGCGAGUAGCCGCAGCAAGACGCCAUACAGGCAUCGCCUGACAAGAAUGAAUGCUGAGGACCCUGUAACGACACCUCCCAUAUCCAGACCAGUGUCCGCAUCAAGCAGCCCCCUCGUCACUAAGCGGCCAGUUAUGGAAGUCAAGAGCCUUCCGCCUGCGAAACUACUGCAGCGCAGAGUUGAAGAAUGUUAUCAUCCCAAGUUUGGGAGCUCAACGUAUCCUAGGUCCUCCCCUGAACGCCUACACCAAAGCAAAGGAACAUAUCCCAGUGCCAAUGCUCGAUACCCAAGCGCCGGGUACACAAGUGAUCCAUUCGAGAGCGAAGAAGAAGAUGAGGAGGAGGAUGAGGAGGAGGAGCAAGAUGGCUAUCUUCUGCUCCAAGGUGAUCACCAUCCGUUUCCGAGGAUUCGUGGCGAGUCUUUCCUAGUGACAGGCUGUUCAAAGGAUGAGAAGCCCGUGCCGCCGCCACGCCUCUUACCCAGGACUGAGACGUGCAGCAUUGGCUCAACAACAUCUCUACCCGACUGUGCAUGCAGUCGAUGUCAGGCACCGCCACUCCCGCCUCGCCGAAACAAUGGAACCAGCUCUCCUCCGCUGGCUUCAACAUCACACCAUGACACAAUCAAAACUCUACCUCCAGCAUGCGACGAUGAAGGUUAUCUUCUUCUAGAACGGCCACAAUUAUGGAAAAGACAGGACUCGGCGGCAACGGAAUACACCAGCUUAGAACGACGUUCCUUUUCUCUCUCUGACCUAUGUGCUGAUGUCACGUCUCUAGAUACUUCUCGGACACGGUUCACCAAACAUUCUGACGCGAACUGACCAGUGAAGUCAAAGCACAAUUCUCUCCAGAUUUAGUCUUCAGAAUCGUACAGAACAUUCUUCAAGUAAUGGCAUAGCCGAGGCACAGUGUUGCUCUCAUCAGAUAUCUUGUCAGUGUGUUGUGAUUUUCAAAAGAAUCAAGCUUCUAUUGCUAUAAUCAAGCUUCUCUUGUAAUGAUCGAGUCAGGAAUACUUUCAAUAUUGAGUUUGACUUUCUCCAGUUUGAAGAAAUGAUCACCGUUAACACUUAGUACUCCUGUCUGUCGUUCACUUGAGAAAGACCUUUAGUUCUUACAUGAACUUCUGUUUCCGGAGGCGGUCAGCUACAUGGCCAGGCCACCCUUGUCAAGUCCAAAAACAUUUAUACACGUCUUUCAAAUUAGAAAUUUUCUUGACCAUUUCAUUUACUUAAUAUUUUCUUAAAGUCGCUGAAUUAUUUAGUCGGAUUUCCCCGCCAAGUGCGCUCUCCGGCCGACCACGAACUUGUCCAAUGCUGCUGCUUAUCCUAUAAUGAUGAUCGUUGAGCACUAUGAGUAUAUCAGUCUUUCAGAUAGACGUACCAAACUAUAGUUUAUCAUAUUCUUGAUACAUGUUGACUCCACAUGUAUUUUAACUGAUGUGCAAUUUGUAAAAUAGAAAGCACGCAGAACUGGCAUUCGUCCACGCAGCAAUUACUCAAAUACCUAGACAGAAAUACCGCUGUGUUCAUGUGCGAUUCGAAAAAAGCGGAUCCAGAAUUCGCAACCACUGACCUGAA